CAUCUGCAUAAAUACUUUGCGUGGCCAUUUUGCCUCUCGUCUCCAUCUUCACAUCCUUCUCUAUCAAACAGCACUCUCAGAUCCCAAUCAAAUGACAUCUAACACCAAAUACAACACCGACUACACUAGCGUCGACAACAGCGCUGGAUCUCAGGCUGCUUCAGGCCUCGGUGACAAGAUCAAGGGCUCUUGGAACGGUGGGUUCUUUCUGAUUGUCUCCUCGUCUGGUGCUGACCCAUGAUAGUCUUCCAUGGUACGCUACGACACCAUAAAUAUCCAUCUACCGACUAACACCCCCUCAGGCACUGGCGAGGGCAUCCGUGGCAACGUCAACUCUUUCCUCGACAAUGCCGGCGAGCAGCUCCAGGGAAACGAUGCUGCUGCCGUGGCCCAACAAUCUAGCCACAAGGGCGAGCGCCCCGCAGGCGUUGCCUCCAAAGGUGCGGACGAGAUCCAAAAGGGCGUUGAACAGAUCCGAAGGUGAUUCAGGAGGAGACUCGAGCAGCAAGCCAAAACCAAGAUAGACAGAAGACCGAGGCGAGAGAUUUUGUGAAUAGUUAUUAAGUGUCGUAGCAAAUGUAUUUGUACGAUAU